CGCGUGCAGCAGUCAUCUGCUACGGGCGCACAACACGUUUUUCCCGUCGUCGGGUCGUUCGUGAGUUUUGCAGCAGUCUUCUUGUCUUCUUUUGUAAAUGCGAAAUAAUGGCUGCGGAUCAGGCUCAGUUUCACCAGCUGCUAAGUUCCCUGCUAUCGACCGAUAACGAUGUCCGGACCCAGGCCGAGGAGGCCUAUAACAAUCUACCAUGCGAAGGCAAGGUAACACAUCUGCUGGGGGCCAUCCAGAAUCCGCAGAUGACCGAGGAUGCCCGGGUCAUGGCCGCGGUUCUGUUGCGGCGGCUGUUUUCUGCCGAGUUCCAAGAGUUCUACAACCCGCUGCCUCCGGAAUCGAAGGAACAGCUCAAACAGCAAAUUCUGCUGACGCUGCAGCAAUCUGAAAUUCCGAGCAUGCGGCGAAAGAUCUGCGAAAUGGUAGCGGAGGUGGCUCGGAAUCUAAUCGACGACGACGGUAACAAUCAAUGGCCGGAGUUUUUGCAGUUUCUGUUUCAAUGUGCCAGCACCCCGAACAUCCAGCUGCAGGAAUCAGCACUGCGAAUUUUCUCCUCCGUACCGGGAAUCUUCGGUAACCAGGAGGGCCAGCAUUUGCCGCUGAUCAAACAGAUGCUGGAGAAGUAUCUGGAUCCCUCGUCGGAUCCGGAAGUGCGAUUCCAGGCCGUUCGAGCCGUUGGGGCUUUUAUUUUGAUGCACGACAAGGAAGACGACGUGCAGCGUCAGUUCAACGAUUUGCUGCCCCGAGUCAUCAUGAUUACGGCCGAAAGUAUCGAUCAGCAAGAUGACCAGACUUUAAUCAAGUUGCUAAUUGACAUGGCCGAGAGUGUGCCCAAGUUUCUGCGUCCCCAGCUGGAAUCGAUCUUCGAGAUGUGCAUGAAGGUGUUCAGCAGCCCGGAUGUGGAAGACAGUUGGCGCCAUCUAUCGCUCGAGGUGAUGGUAUCGCUGUCGGAAAAUGCCCCGGCAAUGGUUCGGAAACGGGCCGAGAAAUAUGUGGCCUCUUUGGUUCCGCUGGUUCUUCAGAUGAUGACGGAUCUAGAGGAUGACGAAGAGUGGUCAGUGUCGGACGAGAUUUGCGAAGAUGACACCAGUGAUAACAAUGUUAUCGCUGAAUCUGCACUGGACCGUUUGGCUUGCGGUUUAGGUGGAAAGGCCGUUCUGCCGCACAUCGUUGGUAACAUUCCGAACAUGCUGAGCAGCCCGGACUGGAAGCAACGGCACGCUGCCCUGAUGGCCAUUUCUGCCGCCGGUGAAGGAUGCCACAAGCAGAUGGAAACGAUGCUGGAGAACAUCAUGCAGGGGGUACUCAAAUUCCUGAUGGAUCCCCAUCCGCGCGUUCGGUACGCUGCCUGUAAUGCCAUUGGUCAGAUGGCAACAGAUUUCGCGCCGGUGUUCGAGAAGAAAUUCCACGAACAGGUCAUCCCGGGGCUGCUGAAUCUGCUGGAUGAUGUACAGAAUCCGCGGGUUCAGGCACACGCUGGUGCUGCCCUGGUCAACUUCAGUGAGGAUUGUCCGAAAAACAUUCUCACUCGCUAUUUGGAUGGAAUUAUGGCCAAGCUGGAGCUGAUUUUGACCACCAAGUUUAAGGAGCUGGUCGAGAAGGGUACGAAACUGGUGCUCGAACAGGUGGUAACGACCAUCGCUUCGGUAGCCGAUACCACCGAGAAGGAUUUCGUAGCGUACUACGACCGGUUGAUGCCGUGCCUGAAGUACAUCAUCCAGAACGGCACCACCGAGGAGUUGCGGCUGUUGCGCGGCAAAACCAUCGAGUGCGUAUCGCUUAUCGGGCUGGCCGUCGGGGCGGAAAAGUUCAUGUCCGACGCUUCGGAUGUAAUGGAUAUGCUGUUGAAGACCCACACCGAGGGCGAUCUGCCUGACGAUGAUCCCCAGACGUCCUAUUUGAUUUCCGCUUGGGCUAGGAUUUGUAAGAUUCUUGGCAAACAGUUCGAACAAUACCUGCCACUGGUUAUGGGUCCGGUUAUGCGUACCGCUUCGAUGAAACCGGAAGUAGCUCUGCUGGACAACGAUGAAGUGCAGGACGUCGAAAGUGAUAACGACUGGCAAUUUGUGAACUUGGGAGAGCAGCAAAACUUUGGCAUCCGCACGGCUGGUCUGGAAGACAAGGCAUCAGCCUGCGAAAUGUUGGUGUGCUAUGCUCGCGAACUGAAAGAAGGAUUUGCCAACUACGCCGAAGAAGUGGUCCGUCUCAUGGUCCCGAUGUUAAAGUUCUAUUUCCAUGAUGGUGUCCGCACUGCAGCCGCCGAAUCGUUACCCUAUCUGCUGGAUUGCGCCAAGAUCAAGGGACCAUCCUAUCUGGAAGGAAUGUGGAACUACAUCUGCCCGGAAUUGUUGAAGGCUAUUGACUCCGAACCGGAACCAGACGUACAGGCCGAACUGUUGCAUUCCCUGGCCAAGUGUAUCGAAACACUUGGCGCGAAUUGCCUCUCAGCCGAAGCAAUGGACGAGGUGCUCAAACUGAUGGAUAAAUUCAUGACGCAACAUUUCCAGAAAGAGGAGAAACGUGCCCAAGCCCGGAAGGAGGAGGACUACGAUGACGGCGUAGAGGAACAACUGGCCGAGGAAGACGACGCUGACAUCUACCUGUUGUCACGAAUUUCCGACAUCAUCCAUGCGCUGUUCCUCACCUACAAGGAUGGAUUUUUACCCUUCUUCCAGCAGGUGGUACCACAUUUCGUGAAACUGUUGGAUCCGAUCCGUGCCUGGGCUGACCGACAGUGGGGACUAUGCAUAUUCGACGAUUUGAUAGAAUACACCGGUCCGAUGUGCGCACAAUACCAAGGCUUCUUCCUACAGCCGAUGCUCGAAUACAUCAAGGACAAACAGCCGGAAGUGCGACAGGCAGCCGUUUACGGUAUGGGAGUGCUGGCACAGUUCGGUGGCAAUCAUUUUGCGAUGACCUGUGCCCAGGCCAUUCAGUUGCUGGUCGAAAUCAUCAUGAUGCCCGGCAGCCGCGAACCGGAAAACGUGAACCCGACGGAGAACGCUAUCUCCGCCGUUACGAAAAUUCUCAAAUACAACAACACGGCCAUCACGAAUCCGGACGAAAUCGUUGCCCUAUGGUUCUCCUGGUUGCCAGUAGUGGAAGAUGACGACGAAGCAAUCCACGUGUACGGGUACAUGUGCGAUCUGAUUCAGGCCAACAAUCCGGUAGUUCUGGGGGAGAACAACGUUAAUCUACCGAGGAUCGUUUCGAUCAUUGCCGAGGCCUUCUACCGGGAGGCGAUGACGGUCGGCCAUCCGGAAUCGACGCGGAUGCUUGCAAUCGUUAAGCAGAUUGAAGCCAGUCCGGAUAUUUUCCAGGCGUGCAUCAAUCAGCUGACGGCGGAACAGAAGGGUGCCCUGGAGGCAGCCUACCGGAGCGCGGCUGGUCAAUAAAUCCUGUUGUCCGGUCCAAAGGAUUAUAUCGCUUAUGAGAAUAUAAGAUUGUGUGCGAUGUAGACAGGAAUGGAGAAAAAAAAUCGAUUAAAAGGCAUUAGCUAGCAAGAGUGAGAGCAUGUUGAUACGACAAACGUACGAAAGUGAUACCUCUAGUAGAAAAGAAACGGUAGACGAUAAAAAAGAGGAAAUUGUUAGAAGCAUCGUCCCAGACAUCGUUGCAAUUCCAGGCAGAUGGGAACGUUCGAGAUCUUUGAAGAUUGUCUCGUGUGUUAGGAUUUUCAUUCAAAAGAGUUCAAUCUAUCUUUCGAUACAAAAAAACCUAACUGACAAACAAACAAUGAUUCAUUAACACGUAACCUAUAAGAAUUACAACAGGCACGUUGCACCCUCCUCAGAUUCCGCAGAAAAAGAAAUAUUUAAUUCAAAUCGAACCGAGUCCGAGUCUAGCUGAAGAUUGGUUCUAAGCAGAAUUUUAUUAUAUACAUUUAAAAUAUAUAAAUAAUUGUUUUUUUCUGCAACUGGCACAUUAUUUUCUAGCAAGUUAUUCUAGACCUGGUCUAGAUUUAUUUUGAUGUAAUUGUGUAAUCUUUAUUUGUAGCUAUUCCCUUAUUAUCUCACAAUUGUACGGAGGUUUUUUUUCACCCGAAAACCAGUACAACCAUACUGCUUUCGAAUAUUUACCCAAGUUUGUUUUUCGCUAAUGUCCAGUAAUCAAUUUAGAAUACAAAUCUAACAGUUUAAUGCACACAUGCAUUAAGCUUAUCAGCAGAGCGAGGUCCGGCAGUUGACAAAAAUUGAAAACAAAUAGAACCAUAAUAAGAUUUUGAAAAAAAAAAAACCGUUGUGUCAUUCCUAAGCUGCUACUCAAAACAGCGCAAAACAACAGACAUUCAAGAAGUAAUCUAAAAAUGAUCACACCAAAAUAAAAGAAUAAAAAAAUUCGAAUAUCAUGCAAUUCUGCGAAUGCUUUCAUCGCCUUUUGAACUCUGAGUUGAAUCGAAAUUUUUCAAGGGUCAUCAAGCAGUUGACGCGCCCUAAACUAAACUAUAGAUAUCGAAAAUAAGCACUGAGAUUACCGACCGUGAAACGCUUAUAUUUUUUCCGAUUGAGUCCACCACCCAGGCGCAGAUGCGAAAUUUGAGAAAACCGCUGAAAUAUGUGAAAUAUGGGUACCCCCCCUUUUUCAUCUGUUGUAUAUAAUCAAAUUUUUGUAUUUUAUUUUUCUGUUUCGAUUCGCUUUCCAACAACCGACAACGAUUGCGCCACAGCCUAAAUAAAUAUGGGUGAGAAUUUCUCUAAACGAUCAAGUAUUUGAAAUUUUUUGUCCUUUUUGCACACCACUCCGUGUUGACGCAAUGAUGUUAUCUUCCUGGAAGAGGAAUUAAAUUGAACAAACGUUUGUUUCAAUUGUGAAGUUCAAGUUUGGUUUGGAAAAAAUUUGCCUUACGUUCUAGUUUUCAGAAAUUCAAAAAAUCGAUAGAUCUGGGUCACCCUGGCAAGGAAAUACCACAUAUGCUGAAAACUCCAUCGUUGCACAGGAAGACCUAAAUGAAGCUUAAAUUUAAGCCGCAGAUCGAAUACUGUCUAGCAGAUAGUUUUUUCGUUUGUGUGUUUGACAAAAAUCACUACCUAUUAUGAUCGGCUGCGCGUGGAAGUAUUUUGCAUGAUACUGUUUAGUUAUGAACACAAUAGAAAAAGCAGUGACGAUUAAACACUACAUAACAAUUCUAAUUUUCGUAACAAGGCAAAUUCUAUAUUAUAUUAUCGGAAAUACAAUGCUAUAGGUAUUCCAUUGCUAAAAGAA